UCGUUAGGAAUCAUGAAUCAGACAUUCUUCUUCUUUGAUUGUUCCGUUAGGCUCCACAACCAGAGCAGCAGCAGCUGGUAUAUCCUAGGAACACAAAGAAAAGAAGAAGCUUUUUUUGCUACAAUCCUUUCUUACUGACAACGAACAACAAAGAAACAGAGGAUCAACAUUUUGUUUUUAUUCAGCGUUGACAUUAUAAUCAGAAAAAAAGAAAGAAAAAAAAUCUGGGGGUUUUGAAAUUUGGAGAAAAAAAAAUCAAAUUUUUGUUAUGGGUUGGUAAUAAAGAAGGUCGAUGAUGAUAUGAUCAAAUUUCAAUAACGUGUUGUUGAAAUUUGAUCGUAUGAGAUUUGUAAACUCAGACGCGCGCAGAAAUUUCAUGAUUUUAUGAUCCUAUCGAGUUAUUAAAUUACUUGAUUCAAAAUUGAUAAUCAACAAGUAUUAGGUUCAUUAUCUUUCUGAAGAGAGAGGAGAAUAAUUUAUAUGGCCUUGUCCAAACCUAAACCAAAGAAGAGACUCUAUCAAGUAUGGAAAGGAAGCAAUAGAUUCUGCUGUGGUGGGCGAAUGAUCUUUGGCCCUGAUGUGGGAUCACUGUUUUUAUCAACACUCUUAAUAGGUGUGCCGGCAUUAGUAUUUUGUUCUCAGGUUCUUAAGAAAAUCGAACGCCAUGAUCCAUGUCUUGGGUAUCCUGUACUAGCUGUGGCAUUGGCUAUCACUAUACUGGACUUGGUAUUUCUCUUCAUGACUUCGGGUAGAGAUCCAGGUAUCGUGCCUAGGAACCUAAAACCACCAGAUUCAGAGGACGGAUUAGAUGCAACUACACCCUCUAUGGAGUGGGUAAAUGGAAGAACUCCUCAUUUGAAACUACCGAGAACAAAGGAUGUCUUGGUUAAUGGUCAUUCAGUAAGAGUGAAGUUUUGCGACACGUGCUUACUGUAUCGGCCACCCCGUGCAUCUCAUUGCUCGAUUUGUAACAAUUGUGUACAGAGGUUUGAUCAUCAUUGCCCGUGGGUCGGUCAGUGCAUUGGAAUCCGUAACUAUCGGUUCUUCUUCUUGUUCAUAUUGUUCUCGACAUUUUUGUGUAUUUACGUUUUUGUAUUUUCUUGGAUCAACAUCCUCGAACAAAAGAAUGAAAAUACCCUACGGAAAACAUUGUCUAGAGAGGUUCUAUCAGUGAUACUUAUUGUUUACUGCUUCAUAGCUGUUUGGUUUGUUGGCGGGCUUACAGUUUUCCAUUCCUAUCUGAUCUGCACAAACCAGACAACUUACGAGAAUUUCAGGUACAGAUAUGAUAAGAAUGAGAAUCCACAUAAUAGGGGUAUGCUAGCCAACAUCAAGAAAAUCUUUUUUUCCAAGAUGCCACCUUCACUAAACAAUUUCCGGGCAUUGGUUGUGGAAGAAGAUCAUUCAGAAGACGGGCCCAUAACUCCGACUGCUGGAGGAAAUGUAACAAGUUCAAAGGAAAGAAUAAUUGACAUAGAAAUGACAAGUAAACUAGGGGAGGAUACCAGAAAUCUUACACUUCCUGAGAUUUUGCAGAACUUGGAUUACACCGAUAUCGACGAUGACAUGAAACGAAAGGAUUCAGAUGUUGGUGACAUAACUGAUCUAAUUCUCUUUUCUAACCGCCAAAAUUCAAAAGACCUGGAACGAAGCUCUACCCAUGACAUCAUUUCUAUAAAAGAUGAAGGGUCUGAUGAAGGCGAUAACUCUCAUCGAGCUAUGCUUGCAACUCUUCCAUCAUAGUUGUUGGUAGAUACAUGGAUCCUUAAUGAACGGGCGUACCAUGAUAGAAACAUGUUGGACACUGCACUCACAAUUUCGUAGAAGGGAAGCUUUAAAUUAGCACUGUUAAUUUAGAUGCCGAUUGUAAGCUAAGCGAUGUUGUCUAUAGUAGAAAACAAAUAGAGGAAGCAGUUCGAAAUGAACCAAUUAAGAAAAAAUAUUCGAAAGGAUUUCCAGUGGAACGAGGUUUAGGUUGUCGUAUUUGAAGAAUAAGCAGUACUUAUAUGGUUUAUAUUGCUGCUAUUUUUUGGGGUUCAUGAUCAGUGCUGCAUUUUUUUUGUAAGUAUUUAGAGAUAACUAUCAUUUUCUAAGUUCUUAACUUGGUUUGUAUGUUUAGUUUUACACGGUGCUUGUGAAUGUGAUUAUUAUGAGAUCGGAAAUUGUUGUGCUGAAGAAGUAACAAAGUUGUGUUUAGU